ACUUCCAGUUAGUCUUCUAUGUAAGAUUGAUAUCUUCAUUGUCUUUUAGUCUCUACUACUAUUUUUUGUGUUACUUAAGCUACAAGUAAGUUGCCGUUUGAUGAAUUUGAUGAGAAUGCAAUUUUCAUGAUUUUUCCUUUUUUAUCAUUAAUUAUUCUGUAUUGUUGGGAUGAAUUUGGUAUGUAUAUACCUGCGCAUCUAAUCGUAAUUUCGUUUAAACAUUAACAACUGCUGUGUGAAUUUGUGUCGAUUUGUUGUGUAUGUACAUAUGACAGUAAUUAGCAUUAACAGAAGUCGAUGACUGGUUGUAAUAAGAAGCGGGCGUUUACAGUUUGAGAACAAGGUUAGUCAUUCAAAAGCGAAUCGCCGAACAAAAUGUGUGUACGGUACAAUCUUGCUAACGUGUGCAUACUGAUCCGUAACGAUCGAGAUCAAGGUGACCAGCAGCACUUCAUGAAGGUUGUAGCAUGCAGUACCUACCUACCCACCUAUCUGCUUACUUACCUACCUACCUACCCAUUAAUUAUAUAAAGGACAUAAAUACUACACAUUAGUACUAACAAUAGGGGCUUCUUUUAAAUGGACCACGAGUUUUUUUUUAAUUGCAAAUUAGUGUGGCAAUCAGUGGGUAGGCUUUUGGAACUCAAAAGUUGGACCUUUCAAAUUGCUAUUAUAUUAACGCUUAUGGGUAAUGACAAAGAUGAAUUAAUUUAAUAAAUUAAUAGCAACGAGCUGGGAGGGUCCAAAGUCAUUAAAAAAAACAUAGUCAACCCAGCUGCGUGAUGUGGUCCAGUGGUUAUAGAUCAUAAGUUCAGGUUUUCUGUGGUAAUAUUGAGUCGUGUAGUAGCAGUAAUAUUCCACAUAGAACCUUUCAUUUUAUCUUCCUUCCUAGCAAUCACCCAGCAUCUAUCUUUGCGAAUCCUGAAAAGAGGUUGAAGGCGUCUUCCACCUUACCUUACCUUACCUUACCUUUUUUUACAGAAUACUCAGUUUUUAAAGCUUACUAAAUUAUUUCCUUCGUUCAGUAGCGCGCUCAUUUGAAGAGCUGUUGAAAAAUCAUUAACACCAGUGAAUUCCGCGCAUUUUUGUAUGUAAAGGUCAAGUUUCAGAGCUUUAUAGAUAUUUUCCAUAACCUCGCAAUAUUAGGUGCGCUUUUGUUGGUUUCUAUAAAUUUUCUGUAUUUUAUGCAGUAAUAAUUCUGUAGCAAGCUUAUUUGAAGAGAUAUUUCAAAACCGUUGGUACCAUUAAAUUCUAAGCAUUUUUAUACAUAGCAGUCAGCUUUUCAGAGCUUAGUAGAUGUUUUCCACUUGCUCGCAAUUUUAGGUGCGCUUUUUUGGAUUAGAUAAAUUUUCUGUAUUUUAUAGAGUAAUAAUUAUGUAGCGGGCUUAUUUGAAGAGAUAUUGGAAAACCGUUAGCACCAUUAAAUUCUACGCACUGUUUUACAUAAUACUCAGCUUUGAGAGCUUUGUAAAUCGUUUCUACUUCCUUGCAAUUUCAAGUGCGCUUUUUUAUGUUUAGAUAAAUUAUCUGUAGUUGUCCAGUAAUAAUUCAGUAUCGGGCUUAUUUGAAGAAUCUUUCGAAAACUGUUAGCACCAUUCAUUUCUACGCACUUUUUUACAUAAUACUCAGCUUUGAGAGCUUUGUAAAUCUUUUCUACUUCCUUGCAAUUUUAGAUGCGCUUUUUUAUGUUGGGAUACAUAAGUUCCUCUAAUAAUUUAGUUGUGAGCUUAACAUGAGAAAACCUUAGUUCGAGUCUAUAAACGAUCUUGAAUAAUUAGCAAUCACUCUUGUUUUCUUUCCAACAUUUUUGUGAGUUAAAGACGGUAAAAGGUAUUAUUAAAACUUUUUCAAACUAAAGUCGCGGUUGUUGAUAUUAAUUACUUGGCCAUCUAUUAGUGUAUUGUAAAUUAAUGGUUAAGCAGAAAUAUCUACCAAGCAUUACAGGGACCUGACAGACGUAUAGUAAAACUGACAAAUUACCUGUAAUAAGGUUAUGUUUAUAUGGGUAUUUAAAUAUACACAACCCAAAUAUUGCUUUUAAAAUGCAAAAAUAUGAGAAAUUAGAAAAAAUCGGUGAAGGUACUUACGGCACAGUAUUCAAAGCUAAAAAUCGUGAAACUCAUGAAAUAGUGGCUUUGAAAAGGGUAAGGUUAGAUGACGACGAUGAAGGUGUACCUUCUUCAGCUCUAAGAGAAAUUUGUUUAUUGAAAGAAUUAAAACAUAAGAAUAUUGUUCGCUUAUACGAUGUAUUACACAGUGAUAAAAAGUUAACAUUAGUGUUUGAGCAUUGCGACCAGGAUUUAAAGAAAUAUUUUGAUAGUUUAAAUGGAGAAAUAGACUUGGAUAUUGUGAAAUCUUUCAUGUACCAACUUCUAAGAGGUUUAGCUUUUUGUCAUAGUAAUAAUGUACUACAUAGAGAUCUGAAACCACAAAAUUUGCUCAUCAAUAAAAAUGGAGAACUUAAACUUGCUGACUUUGGUUUAGCAAGAGCUUUUGGUAUACCAGUAAAAUGUUAUUCUGCAGAAGUUGUUACGCUAUGGUAUAGACCCCCUGAUGUACUCUUUGGUGCUAAAUUAUAUACAACAUCAAUAGAUAUGUGGUCUGCAGGAUGUAUUUUUGCUGAACUAGCUAAUGCAGGAAGACCUCUUUUCCCUGGAUCAGAUGUAGACGAUCAGCUAAGACGGAUUUUCAAACUGCUUGGAACCCCAACUGAAGAGACUUGGCCUACAAUGACUCAGCUACCUGAUUACAAGCCUUUUCCACUUUAUCAACCCAGUAUGAGUUUGGCUCAGGUUGUUCCAAAGUUGGGUAGUAGGGGUCGAGAUCUUCUUCAGCGUCUUUUGGUAUGUAAUCCAAUGCAACGCAUUUCUGCUGAUGAUGCAAUGGCCCAUCCAUAUUUCACUGACUUGAAUCCCACAAUAAAAAAUGAUAGAUGCUAAUAAUUAAAGUAAUUGUGUUCGUUGCAUUUAGAACUAUAAGGACUAAAAGCAUUUAGUGUCGGUUUUUGCUAAAAAAAGAACAGGACCAAUAGUACUUCACAAAGAUCAAUUUUUCCAUAUAUAAAUGAAUAUAAUUUUUACAAUCGAGUAUGUAUAUGUUUUUCUUUACUGUACGUUAGAAUUGAAUUAGGCUUCUUUUUUUUAAGAACAAUAAGUAGAACAUUGUGAUAUUUCACCAAAGUUUGUAAAAAUUUUUUGUUUAUUAUGGAUAUACCUGGUACAUUUUAUUAGUGAAGUAUAUUGUAUGUAUAAAUGUAAAGUUUAAGUACGUAAAAAUGAUAAAACAGCAUUUGUAAAUAAUAAUUUUACAUUUAUCUAUUUAUGUCCAGCGUGUACUUAAAUAAAUAAUUUCCAUAAGAAUAGGAUUGCAAUAAUAAAAAGUCCUUUUUUCGUAUUAAUUUAUUUGUUUAAUUCAACAAGCUUACAUCUAUGCAACAUUUCGGCACACAAACACAUCCAGAGAACACAAUUUAAUUAUUAAUAGCGAAAAAAUGUUGACAUUUAGCUUGCAAGGA